AUGACGCGGGAACAGAAAGUCGCACUCAUUCUGGGGUUCGCCCUCGUGCUGGUCGUGGGGGUGCUCGUGAGCGAUCACCUCUCCGGUGCCCGCGAGGCCACGCUCGUGGACAUCGAGCUGCCCGAGACCGAAGACCGCCCCGUCUUCCGCACCUACGACGAAGAACCGCAAUUCGCCCAGGCUCCCGCGAUCAACGACCAGCCCGCCGGGUUCCUCGAUCACAUCGAGGACGAGCCGGUCGAGACGUACACCGCGCCGGUCGAGACGCCCGCCCUCGCGAUGGGCGACCCCGUCGAAGAGGACACGAUGCUCGAGACCAUCCGCGACAGCGUCCGCGACGCGAUGCACGAGCUCCGCAACGGCAACGGCCCCUCGCCCGCGUUCCAGACCGAGACCCGCACGAUCACCAUGGGCGAGCCCGUCGGCCGCUCGCGUGAGACCGUGGCGCCCGCCGGCUCGGGCGACGUCCGCGUCCACGUCGUCCGCAAGGGCGAGACGCUCUGGGCCAUCGCCGAGCGCUACUACGGCACCGGAUUCGUCCACGCGGACCUGCUCCGCUACAACGCCGGCCGCAUCCGCAACGCGGGCGAGCUCAACCCCGGGCUCAACCUGCUCAUCCCCGACAGGCGCGACCUCGGCUCGGCCCCGCCCGCGACCGUCGCGACGCGCCCCGCCACGACACCCGCUCGCACGCAGGCGACACCGGCCACCACACGCACCUACACCGUCGCCAAGGGCGACACGCUCUCGGAGAUCUCCCAGAAGCAGCUCGGCACGUCCAAGCGCUGGGAGGAGAUCAUGGAACUGAACGCCGACAAGAUCGACGAGCCGACCGACCUUUACGUCGGCUUGAAGCUCAAGCUCCCCGCACGCUGA